CGGGGGCAGGCGGCGGGCCGGGGCGCGGGGCCCUGAUGCGGCUGCGGGCGCUCCGCCGGCGGGCCCCAUGCACCCCAGAAUGAAUGAAAUGAGCUUGAGUCCUGUAGGGAUGGACCAGCUGACCUCCUCCUCUGUGAGCAAUGCCCUGCCAGUCUCAGGAAGUCACUUGGGCUUGGCAGCAUCACCCACUCACAACGCCAUACCAGCACCAGGUUUGCCUGUUGCAAUUCCAAACCUGGGCCCCUCCUUAAGUUCCUUGCCCUCUGCUCUGUCUCUGAUGCUCCCAAUGGGUAUUGGGGAUCGAGGAGUGAUGUGUGGUAUACCAGAGAGAAACUACACCCUACCUCCACCACCCUACCCUCACCUGGAGAGCAGCUAUUUCAGACACAUUCUACCUGGUAUCUUAUCUUACUUGGCUGACAGACCACCACCUCAGUACAUCCAUCCCAACACUAUAAAUGUUGACAGCAAUCCAGCAUUGUCAGUCUCCAACAAUCCCUCAGGCCUGGAUCCCUACCAGCCCAGUGGGACCGUGGGGCUGGAACCAGGGAUCGUCUCCAUGGACUCCCGCGCAGUGAACACACAUGGUCCUCAAAAUCUGCAUCCUAGUGACAGCCAUGAGGUAGCACUGGAUACCGCAAUCACCAUGGAGAGCGUUUCGAGGGUGACCAGCCCCAUCUCUACAGACGGGAUGACAGAGGAGCUUACAAUGGAUGAUGUAGCUGGGGAUCCCACGCAGAUCCCGAAUGGCUCCCGGAGCCAUGAACCUUUAGCCGUAGACGCAGUGGGGAGUAACUUGACAUCAGACGCUGUGGGACACGGCGGCGUCAUUCCCAUUCACAGUAGCACUUUGGAACUCCCUGUGGUCAUGGAGCCCGACCACAUUGCUGGGCGGGUGACAGGGAUAUCGGACAGCACACUAAAUGACCCCAUUCAUACUGUGGCCAUGAGCACCAACUCUGUGAGUGUGGCGCUCCCUACCUCACACAACCUCGCUUCUCUGGACUCAGUAGCCUUGCAUGAAGUGGGUCUCAGCCUGGAGCCUGUGGCAGUGUCUUCCAUAAGUCAGGAAGUAGCCAUGGGGCCAAGCCAUGUUGAUGUGUCUGCAGACAAUCUUGCCUUUGUACCAUCAUCUCUGCAAAUGGAAGACUCCAAUUCCAACAAGGAGAACAUGGCAACCUUGUUUACCAUAUGGUGCACACUGUGUGACAAGGCGUACCCGUCAGACUGCCCGGACCAUGGGCCCGUCACCUUUGUCCCCGAUAGCCCAAUCGAGAGCCGAGCCAGGCUGUCCCUCCCGAAGCAGCUGCUCCUCCGGCAGUCUAUCAUGGGAGCUGAGGCGGGUGUGUGGACACGAGAAACCAUUCCUGUGAGGACUUGCUUUGGACCUUUGAUUGGACAGCAGAGCCAUUCUCUGGAGGUGGCUGACUGGACUGACAAAGCAGCCAGUCACAUCUGGAAGAUGUAUCACAACGGUGUCCUGGAGUUCUGCAUCAUCGCAGCUGAUGAAAAUGAAUGUAACUGGAUGAUGUUUGUACACAAAGCCAGGAACCGGGAAGAGCAGAACCUGGUAGCUUAUCCUCACGAUGGAAAAAUUUACUUCUGCACCUCUCGGGACAUCCCCCCUGAACACGAGCUUCUCUUCUAUUACAGUCGGGACUAUGCACGACAGCUUGGUGUCCCUGAGCAUCCGGACGCGCAUAUCUGCCACUGCGGGAAGGAAUGCGCUUCCUACGCGGACUUCAAGGCCCAUUUGAGCAGCCAUAUUCACAACCACCUCCCCAGUCAGGGGCACAGCAGCAACCACGGGCCAGGCCACGGCAAGGAGAGGAAGUGGAAGUGCUCCAUGUGCCCCCAGGCUUUCAUCUCCCCUUCCAAGCUGCACGUGCACUUCAUGGGGCACAUGGGCAUGAAGCCGCACAAGUGCGAUUUCUGUAGCAAAGCUUUCAGCGAUCCAAGCAAUUUACGGACACACCUUAAGAUCCAUACAGGUCAGAAGAAUUACCGCUGCACCCUCUGUGACAAAUCGUUCACGCAGAAGGCUCACCUGGAGUCGCACAUGGUCAUCCACACCGGGGAGAAGAACCUCAAGUGCGAUUACUGUGAGAAGCUCUUCAUGCGGAGGCAGGACCUCAAGCAGCAUGUCCUCACUCACACACAAGAACGGCAGAUCAAGUGCCCCAAGUGUGACAAGCUGUUUCUGAGGACAAAUCACCUGAAGAAGCACCUCAAUUCACAUGAAGGAAAGAGGGACUAUGUCUGUGAAAAAUGCUCCAAGGCUUAUCUAACCAAAUAUCACCUAACUCGGCACUUAAAAAUAUGUAAAGGCCCCACAUCCAGUCUGUCAGCCCCAGAGGAGGAAGAGGAAGAGGAUUCAGAGGAGGAAUUAAUAGACUCCAUGAGGACUGAAGACUGUAGGAUUAACAAUGGAGUCUAUUCAACAGGUGAUGUUCUCUCUGGACACAAAUGAAGAAGAGAGGGAAACUUCCUUGGGUAUUAUAAGUAGGGAAGGAAAAAAACACUCUUCCUUGUUUCCCCAGUCACCAGUGUAUGUCAGGUGAGGAGUUUUCCUUCUGUUUUUGUCUCCACACUACCACCACUCAAUAUAAUCUGUAGCCAGAACACUGAACAAGACUGGAUCAUGCACGUACAAGUGAAGCAUUGCUAAGAAGGAAAUGUGAGGCAAGAUUUCUUUCACACACACUGUGCAUACUUCUCCAAAUCACUCAGAUUCAUCCAGCCAGUGCCAGGACACAUGACACACCUCACGUAGCCCUUCGAGCAAAGAGCCACAAACCAGGAAGGUAGCUGAGGGAUUGCAGUGACCUGUAAGCCAACUGUCCUUAACUGCCCAAGCUGUGACAUGAAGAGAAACAAGGAAAAAAUGGUGGCGGCUGUUGAUGUAUUUUAAAACAUUUUAACUGAAGGAUGUGGUUUGGCAUAAAGACUUCUCAAUGCUCAGGUUUCUGUCUUAAAACAAAACCUUUUGGUUUAAAAAAAAAAAAAAAAAAAAGAAAAAAAAAAGCCAGUGGAAAAAAAAAGAAAAAAAAAGCAAAAAAAAGCCAGUGAAAUCAGCACUUACAUACAAAAUAAUUACCCUAUUACAGAAAAUCAACCAUUGGUUUUUGAAGAACAGUUAUCCUCUCUUCUCCCUCAAGUUCACAGCCCAUGGAAGCAGGUGAAGAGAUAAAGACUGCAUGGACUCAGUAAGGAAGGCGCUUACAGAUGAGCAGGCAGUGUUUACAGUAUAUGUUACUCCUUGUGCUGUAAACCUUUUACCACCUAGAAUGAUGGGAGGGUUUGCUGCUAAUAUUAUUUAUGGAAUGAAGAUUAUUACAUUUGGUUGUUUUCUUUUGAAAUAAUUAAAAAUGUGGCUCUUCUCUAAUGUUCUUUUUUAAUAUUUACAUAUGCUGAAAAAGAAUGUUCCUAUUUAUGAUAAUGAUGAGAGAAAUAACACCACUUUUUAAUCAUCUGCCUCCCAAGCUUUCCUGGGACAUGGUAUGUGUAGGAGCAUCUCCAAGAACUGGGGCAGCUAAAGAACUCUAGAUUUGCUGUGUCACUCCUCUGGCUGUGCUGCAAAAGAAGAUUCAGCUGUGCUCUGUUCUCUGACAAGGUAAUGGGAGGUUCCCUUGGGAAAGAGGCUCCGUUUCUGGCCCUAAAUGGCCCAAGCUUAGCUGUACCUCUCCCUGUACACUGUAGUUCCUAGAGAGCACCCAGCGUUCUUAAAACCUGAAAACACUUUGUCUCUGAUCAGUAUGUGACCAAAAAGCUUCAGAGACAGGUGCUGGGAUCUUGUUAAGUCCAGGGAAAGAGGUGUUGCUUCCAGUAACGCCAUUUCUUCCAAAAACAAGAAGCAACUUUGAGACCUACGGCACCAGUUAUAUAGUACUAGGUGUAGAGGUAAGAGAAAUCACUUACCCACAAAGAUCUUAAUACAUAGCAUUUAUUUAAAGCUUUGAAAAACUUGGAAGUUUUCAAUGGAGAACAGUUGAACAGAGGUGGUUCUGGUACUUACACUUUCCUAAGCUUUUUAUUUGUUGUCCACACAUCAUUCACUACUGCUUGGCAGAGACAGGAUGGAGGCAGGAAUCCCAACACAUCCAGAGUAUUCUUGGUUCCUGCAAACCCAUGCUGAACACCUUCACCAGACUAGAAACAGCUCAAGUAGCUUUAGAAGCAGCCAAUUACCUCAAGGGAGAGGAAGGAAAGUUACAGACCUGCCUUUUUCCCAGCUGCAGUUUGUAGGGACACAAUAUACCUACUUUACCUCACCAGAAUGAACUGCAGUGAGUUAUGAGGGAAAGCAGUGGGAAGAGCUUGGCAGCUCUAAGAAUGAUCCUACAGCUGCUUUGGCAUCAGUGGAUUUAAUACCCAGGUUGUUUCUGCAGUAGGAACACUCUACAGGCACCUUCAGCGUGUGCAAAGGGUGAGUGCUCAAUGGCAGGUAAGAGCAUCAAUUAAAUUCCUGAGGUAAAGCACAUGGUGUUACAUUAUAAAUGCAAGGAAAAUCUUUGAGUCACAUCCCUGGAUUAGGUUCCUGGUUCUGCAAAUAAGGGGCUUAAACUGGUUAAAAUCACACCUAAAACUUUCCUCUGUGCCUUGAAGUGUUAGGCAGAAAUGCCUGGGCAGAGUUAAGAACACAGAGAGCUUUUCACCAGUAACAGUGACCAGCUGGGAUCCCAACACUCACUUUGUGUUCUGACAGCCUCCCAUCCUCCUUGAGUAGCAGCUCCUUAUUUCAGUUCAAAUUCUCUUGGAAUACAUCUGGAGUGUGAAGAAAAACCCAGUACUAUGUGCAACAUCACUAAACUUCAGGUGCUGUGGAAUCUGGAAAAAGAAACCCCCAGUUUUUGUGGGACAGAUCUGGGUUAUUUCUGGUUUGAUAUUGGUGAUAUCAGUGUUAGAAAUACAUUCCAGGAUUCUGCUUGGAGACUCCAACUUAUUGCCUGAGAACUACACCUAAAAUUUAAAAAGUUACAUGGAACACCUUCUAAAAUCUGUAAACCUAGCCUCAAAUUAAGGAUAAAUUAUCUAUUUACACUUGUAA